AUGGCUAUGUGCAACGUCAGUGUAAAGACUAGCCCAAUCAUGGACUAUAUGGAAAAUCAAUCUGGGUCUUAUGAGAAUGUUGGUUUUAUCCGUACAGAUCUGCACCACCAUAUUCAAGCCGAACGUAGAGCAGAAAUUGAGGAUGGUGAUGUGCAUGAAACAUUUAUAGAAGCGAUGGGAAAUAAAGCACCUCUGUCCAUACUGACAUAUGGGGAUAAAGCGAUGCGAGAGGCAAUCAGAAGUGUAUUUCCAGACGCAAGACAUCGAUUAUGUAAUUGGCAUCUUGGGAAAAAUGCUAUUUCAAAUGUUCACAAAAGUGGCUUCGCACAUGCUUUCAAGCAGUGCAUGGACAUGGAAACGGAUGAGGCAAAGCAUGGCUGGACGAAAAUGGUCGAAAAAUUUGGACUUCAAACCAACAGCUGGGCGUUGGAGACAUAUGAGAAGCGUCAUAUGUGGGCUGAGGCAUAUAUGCGUGGACAUUUCUUUGCUGGGAUGAAGAGCACUCAGCGCUCGAAGAGUAUGAGUGCUUAUUUCAAUCCCUUCCUCCAACACAAAUUGAAGCUAUAUGAAUUUGUUAGGCACUAUGAUCGGGCUCUUGCAAGGAUAAGAAUGUUCCGUGAUGAAAUCUUAGAAGAGGGGAAGUUGAAUGUCAAGGACGUGUUCCCUAUGCCGGAUGGUCAGAAAUGCUACUAUAUUCAUAAGUACAAGGUGAAGGAUAGAUCAUGGAUAGUAACACACAAUCCAGUGGAUGCUGCAAUGAGAUGUUCUUGCAUGAAGUUUGAGUCGUUAGGGCUACCUCGCUGUCACAUGAUAUGUGUUUUGAAAGCUGAAAAUUUAACGCAAAUUUUCCAAACUUGUGUGCUGCAUAGAUGGACAAGGACUGCAAGCAAGGAUGGCCAGCAAUGGCCUCAACUCUCAAUUGAUAGCACUACAACACAGACGGCCCGGUAUGAGAUAUUGAGUUCUUCCUACAAUGAAAUGUGUUUCUAUGCCUCGCAAUCAACAGAAGGUUUCAAAGAAGCUAGGGACGCAUGUCUUCUGAUGAUGAGCCGAAUGAAGGAGUUAUAUGAGAGGAAUCUAAACAAUGGGGAUGGAGACAAAGGGAAACAUUCAAUCCUACGACAAUUUGGAGUAAAAGAUCCUGAUCUUGUGAAGACAAAAGGAAACCCGAGGCGAGCCUCGUCCAGCUAUUGA